UCUCUCUCUCUCUCUCUCUCUCUCUCCCAACACAGACCUCCAAAACCACCUCUUCAAUGGCCUCCCAGCGACUCUGUACCCUGAUUCUGCUCUUGUUACCGGCGAUUUCUCUGAUCUCACCGUCACAAUCAGCGACCUGUAUCUCGCAGAAAUUCACAAACAACAAGCUCUACACUCACUGCAACGACCUUCCUUCGCUGAACUCAUUCCUCCACUGGACCUAUGACUCCGCCAAUUCGUCCGUCUCUAUCGCGUUCAUCGCUCCUCCGGCGAAACCUGACGGCUGGGUUGCAUGGGCCUUGAACCCUACCGGCACCGGAAUGGCCGGCGCACAAGCUUUGGUAGCGUUCAAAGACGCCCAAGGUGUUAUGACUGUUAAGACCUUUAAUAUAAGCUCGUACGCCACGAUUGAAGAGGGAAAAUUGUCUUUUGACGUGCCGGAGAAGACUGCGGAGUAUUCGGGGGGUUUGAUGACGAUUUUUGCGACGGUUGUGUUGCCGGAGAAAGGAAAGACGGUUGUGAAUCAGGUUUGGCAGGUAGGGGCUUCGGUCUCGAAUGGUUUUCCUGCUAAGCAUGAGUUUCAGCCGGCGAAUUUGAACUCGAAAGGAAGCCUGGAUUUGUUGAGAGGACAGACCACUGGUGGUGGUUCGGGUGGGAAUGGCAGGCUGAAAAAGAAAAAUAUCCAUGGAAUACUGAACGCUGUUAGUUGGGGAAUUAUGUUUCCAAUCGGAAUCAUAAUCGCAAGGUAUGUGAGAACUUUUGAGUCUGCAGAUCCGGCCUGGUUUUAUCUUCAUGUUUUCUGCCAGUCUUCUGCCUACGUUAUUGGGGUUACUGGAUGGGGAACUGGUCUUAAGCUUGGAAGUGAAUCAAAGGGUAUUCGGUACACUGGUCAUCGCAACAUUGGGAUUGCUCUAUUCAGUCUUGCAACACUGCAGAUUUUUGCAUUGUUCCUGAGACCGAAGAAGGACCACAAGUAUCGAUAUUACUGGAAUAUCUACCACCACGGUCUUGGAUAUACUGUCCUUGUGCUUGGCAUCAUCAAUGUGUUCAAAGGUCUCAACAUCUUGGAUCCAGCAAAGAAGUGGAAAUCUGCCUAUGUAAUUGUGAUUUCUGCUUUGGGUCUCAUUGCUCUAUUACUGGAAGCUAUUACUUGGGUUGUGGUUUUAAGGAAGAAGUCAAGUAAGUCCACUAAGCCCUAUGAUGGAUAUAAUGGACAAGGAAGGCAACAGCCACUAGCCCCAUGAUCUUGGCAUGAGUAUUAUCGGAUAUUCCCUUUCUGUAGCAUCCUUUCCACUCACUUGUUUGAGAUAUCAUGCGAUUUUAUAUAUCUGAGAGGCCACUUCUUUUCCUUGUAUAUUGGCUUCAGAGAGUUUGUUUAUUGUAUACCUAGCUUCUAUUGAGUCUCUCUCUUUUUCUCUAUAUAUAUGGUUUCUAUGUUCCCUUAUGCCUCUACUGUCUUUUGGUUCUGUCUCACUCUGUUGUAUAAGUGUUGCAUUUGACUAGGUUUGAAGAUGUAGUUCAAUGUUGGCAGUUUAGCACCUUAUGUUCUUUAUGGU